AUGACUGCACCCAACAUUGCUUUAAAUCUUGAUCACAAUUCUAAGUCUAUGGAAUUUCCUCGGGUCAAUCAUAACAUCAACUUGGUAACUUUACCCCAGAGUCCUAUGGGAAUUAUUUCUUCUACCUCCGCACAUUCCCCGAACGAUGCAACUGUCAUUGAAACUCAAAUCACAGAUGAUGAGCUCCCUGGCAUUAGCAUUACCAACCUUCUCGUUUCACAGAGAGCUCGUAGUCCUCUAACUCCAAAGCAUUUACCUAUCAAGGCUACCGGGUUCACAUCUACUAGUAUAAACAGAGGUGAUAUCAGGACUUACCUGACACCAAGAGACAAGCCUAACGUGGGAACAUCUUAUGAUUCCGCUUCUCCGAUACUUUCUCCAACAUCUCCAUCCCGCAUCACAGUUGCAAACACAAAGAAUCGAAAACUCUUACCACUUCCCAACAAACCCGUAAUUGACCUUACAUUAGAUGACCAGGACAAUAUUAUUGACUCAUCAACAAAGAGUAAUACAUUUGGUGGACACCCGGGCAAACAACCACGAACUCAGCUUCCAACCUAUGGAGAGACAACGGAUUCGCAAAGUUCCUCUUGGAAGCUUCAUAACGGUUCUACUUCCAGUAAAGGAUCCUCAGCCAAGCAGCCCCGAAGACUCCCUCGAAUGGUUCACGGUGCCCCUCGCGAUGUUCAGAAGCGACUCGGUCGACGACCAAGAAAAUUCCCUAUACAUGCCACUGCCGCUGCACUCAUCAAUCAGUCCAAGGAGCGAUUCUCGAAAAAGCCUGUCACCGUAUCUACUUCCGAAACGGAUAACAACCAGGAAAUUUUAUCCACGGAACCUGAAGGUUUCGCUAUACCUUCUCGCUCUAUUCAAAGAUCCCCAAAGCUGUUUGACGUUGAAAAACAGGGACCCCGAAUUCCUGAUACUUCAGCAUCUCCUCAUAAUGUAAUGAGAAACUCGCAAUACAAGUCAGAAGAAGAGCAUGACCUCGUCGGUGCACUCACCUCAGCGUUUACCCGCAAUGCUAUUCCGGACGAUUUUGAUAAUUCAAGCGAUUUCUCUUCUGGCACCCACUCCGAUGUGGCUCCUCCUAAACGUAGUCGUAGCCUUCGACAAGCAAUUAAGCGAGUCCCCCAAAUUCCUACAUCUCCCGCGCUGAAUCUACUACGUCAGGAACGGACUCCUAGAGGGCUGUGCGUCCCUCUUAGCGAGGAGGCAAUUCAGAAAUACCUGGAUGUCGAGUAUUCCUCAGUACACCUUCCUCUUGGCGUUUCCGUCGCUCCAGAAAAUGAUAGUGAAUAUGUGGACCCCAACGACGAGCUGCUCCUUGAUUAUGAUUCGAGCAACGAAAUUGUCGCGAUGCGAAGAGAGCAACAACAGCUCAGGUUAUAUCAUGCACCAACGGUUUUGGUGCAUAACCUCAGGUUUGUUAUGGAGCAGGCCGAAUCUUCCGCUGGUGGCAUCAGUCGGUCAAAUCCUUUUCGACAGUACAAUGUCUCAACCAUGCCUCUGACCAUGGCAUAUGUUCACCGCGUUGAAAGCCAUUGCGGUUAUGGUGCAUUGGACUCGAUUCGGAGUAGUAUGCCAGAUUGGGAUUUUCAUCCCAAACCCCUGAAGUAUCGAAUUCGAGUCGCAGCUGAUGGGUCAUAUUCUAACAAUGCGGUCCCUGCUGAAUCGUUGGACGUCGGCGAACUUGUCGCUCGUCCCGAGAAACAUCCACAGCCAGAGAAUGACUCGGAAACCCGCAAGAGGGUCAAGUUCUUCAACAAUGUCGCCAAUCUCGUCCCAUCUACGACUCUAAGUGAAGGAGCUGGCCGCCCAGAAUUCGAUGUGAUUGCUUGUGGAGAACUGCUCCUAAAGCUCGUGAAAGGGAAGGUUCAAAUAGCCGCUCAGGAGUUGGAAGAUAUCAUGUCCUUCUUGCGAAAUCCGUCGUUGGAGUGUAUGGCCAAGAAAUUCCGACAAGGAGAUGACCUUGGCUUCUUCAACACGGUCGCACGCCACGAUUAUGAUUCCAUAUGGCGAUCUCUCCGAUACAUCAUGCAAUCGGCAUCCGGUGCUUUGGGAAUACCAGAGCCCAUAGAAGGCGCGUUAAAGUGGGAGGCUUCGAGAGUCAUGAAAAAUAUCUGA